GAUCAACAAACCAAAAAUUUCACAAAAACAAUUAUCAUAACAACAUGGCAUCCAAUUCGAACAACUUCCCAGCGGGCGACAAUGACUACGUCAUAACAUUGUGAUUCCGGUGGUGGGGUGCGUUUUGUUCGUCAUGGCUGUGCCGGCGCUCUGCUUCUACAUGAAGAAGAGGAACAACAAGAAAAGAAGCGUUCAAGAAAUCGACUUCAAACACAUCGAUGAACAUAUGAGAAUUCAAGAGGCCAUCGUUACGGACAGCCAUGGACGGAAAAAGACGGUGGUUUUGUCUAUUAAUGGUGAUGUUCACGUUGAUGAAGACAUCAUAAGGCGAGAGAAAGAGUUUAAUGUUGGUACAUCUGAGGUUGGUAGCGGUGAUCUUAAAGCAGGGCAACAUUCUUCUAGUGGCGACGUAGCCAAGCUUGAAAAGUCUUGAUUUUAAUUGGAGUUUGGAUUUGGGAGAAUAAAUUGGUGUAAUUAAAUUAUAAUAAAUUGAAAACAUCGCCUUGGGUAAUAUAUAUGAUCUCUUGUACCUACUAACUUGCCAUGACUUUGCGAAUGAUUA